CACCUCGCUUUCUUUCAUCCACCUGGCGGGCUCUAAAACGAUCUCUUCUAAACACCUAGAAACCUCAGAAGAGAUACAGGGGACGCACAAAGAACAUGAAAGCUCUCGUUCAGCGUGUUACACGCGCUUCUGUUACCGUGGGAGAGAGAGAAGUGAGCGCCAUUGGGAAAGGCAUAUGCGUCCUCCUGGGAAUAUCCAGAGACGACAGUCCGAAAGAGGCGGAGUGGUUGGCCACGAAGCUGGUGAAUCUGAGAGUAUUUGAUGAUCCAGAAACAGGGAAGGCGUGGGACAAGAGUGUGGCAGACCUUGGCUUGGAAAUUCUCUGCGUAUCUCAGUUCACUCUCUGUCACGUACUGAAGGGAAACAAACCAGACUUCCACAAUGCAAUGAACUCGGAGCUCUCCAAACCGGCCUACGAGAACUUCCUCACUCUCCUGAGAACCAAGUACAGACCAGACGCAGUGAAAGGUGGUGAGUUUGGAGCGUACAUGCAAGUCCACAUUCAGAACGACGGUCCAGUCACACUCCACAUCGAGUCACCAAAGUUCCCUCCACCAAAAGAGAGGAAAGCUCAGGGUGGUGGAGGAAAAGGCAGUAAGAAGGGACCAGCAAAAGAUCAAUCCACUAGUUCGGACGCAGACAGCUCUCAACAAGCCAAGGUGGACUCAGCGGCUGAAUCAGUAGCAGAAUUGACCGUUGGGGAUUCUUAAACAUUAGGUUUUAAAUUUUCAAUCAAAUCAAAAGAUCAUGU